CAGGAGCAGUCGUCGGCGCUCAAGGAGAAGACCCGCCUGGAGCUGACCAUUAAGGACCUGCGCGAUGAGGUGGAGGGGGACGACUCAUCGCGCAAGCGUGCUGAGCGGGAGCUGGCCCGCCUGCAGGAGACAGUGGCCCAGAAGAUGGCCCUGCUGGACGGCAUCCGUCCCCAGUACGAGGCACAGAAAAAGCGCGAGGAGGAGUGCACUCGCGAGCUGAGCCUGAAGGAACAGAAGCGCACAGAGCUGUAUGCCAAGCAAGGCCGCGGCAGCCAGUUUACAUCCAAGGCUGAGCGGGACAAGUGGAUCCAGAAGGAACUCAAGUCUCUGCAGAAGGCCAUUCGUGACAAGCGAGACCAGAUAGACAAGCUCCAAGAGGACACGCAACGAGAUGCAAAGAACAAGGUGGUCUUGGAAAGGAAAAUUGAAGAGCUUACCCGGGAGCUGGAGAAUCAUCGUGUGAGCAUCGACAGUCAAAACAAAAGUUUCUAUGAGAUGAAAAAGCGGAAAGACACACUUCAAGGCGAGAGAAAUGAACUCUGGAGGCAUGAGAAUGCCUUGCAGCAGAACCUGGCAACGCUGAAAGAGGAGCUGUCGAAAAAGGACCAGGGUCUGCGUUCCAUGACUGGCAAGGCAACCUUGAAUGGCCGAGACAGUGUACGAAAAGUACUGCAAACUUUUCGGGAGAAAGGUGGCAGUUAUGAGCACAUAGCCAACAGCUACUAUGGAAUGCUUAUCGAAAACUUUGAUUGUGAGAAGACCAUCUAUACUGCAGUUGAAGUGACCUCUGGAAACAAGUUGUUUUACCACAUAGUGGAGAGUGAUCGCAUCGGCACGAAGAUACUGCAGGAGAUGAAUCGUCAGCAGCUGCCAGGCGAAGUCACCUUCAUGCCUCUAAACCGGCUGAUGUACAAGGAUGUUGACUACCCCAAUAGCAAUGAUGCCAUUCCCAUGAUCAGCAAACUCAACUUUGAGCCAAAGUUUGAGAGCGCUAUGAAAUACAUAUAUGGCAAGACUCUAAUAUGCCGUAACCUGGAAGUGGCCACUCAAAUUGCACGCACAUCCAACCUGGAUUGCAUCACUUUGGACGGGGACCAAGUGUCGCACAAGGGUGCCCUAACGGGAGGCUACUUUGACACUCGACGGUCACGGCUGGAUCUGCACAAGGCACAUAUGCAGCUCAUGAAGGAGAUUACUGAAGUGGAGAAGCAGCUUGCUGAGCACAAGCAGAAACUGGCUGAUACUGAAAGCCAGAUCAACCAGGUGGUCAGUGACAUGCAGAAAGCUGAGACAAAGAACAGCAAGAACAAGGAUGUGUUUGACAAACUGAAGGCAGACAUUCGUCUCAUGAAAGAAGAACUCACAGCUCUGGAACGCUCUAAACAGCCAAAGGAGCGCAGCCUGGCUAGCCUCGACUCGAGCCUCAAGUCAAUGGAGUCAACUGAGCAGUCCCUCCGUUCAGAGCUGCAGCAAGACCUCCUGACACAGCUUUCAGUUGCUGACCAGCAGGAGGUAGACCGGCUCAACGAUGAAAUUCGCCGUCUCACCCAAGAAAACAAGGAGGCCUUCAGUGAGCGCAUGCGGCUUGAGGCAGAGAAAAACAAGCUGGAGAACCUGCUCAACAACAAUUUAUAUCGGAGGAAAGAAGAAUUGGAAGCUGCAUUGCAGGAAAUUUCAGUCGAAGACAGGCGGCGCAAACUGGAGAACAGCCAAGCAGAGUUGGCAAGUGUGAAUGCACGCAUCAGUGAUGUCAACACUAAUUUAAAAGCACUGGAAAAGCAGGUUGAAGCAAAUACUAAGGAACAGAAGGACCUCCAGUCACAGCUAGAGCACUGGAAGAGCCAAGAACGUGACUGGCAAGAGCGGAUCAAUGAUGAUGCCAAAGACCUUGAGAAAAUGACGAGCCGCCAGUCUGUUCUGCUGAAGAAGAAAGAAGAGUGCAUGCGUAAGAUUCGAGAACUUGGUUCAUUGCCUGCAGAUGCAUUUGAGAAGUAUCAGAAUCUAAGCCUAAAACAGUUGUUCAAGAAACUUGAGCAAUGUAAUCAUGAGCUCAAGAAGUACAGCCAUGUCAACAAGAAGGCCUUGGACCAGUUCAUCAAUUUUUCGGACCAGAAGGAAAAGCUGGCAAAGCGCAAGGAAGAGCUUGACCGUGGGCACAGUUCCAUCCAGGAGCUGAUGAACGCUCUGGAGAUGCGCAAGUAUGAAGCCAUCCAGCUGACUUUCAAGCAAGUGUCCAAGUUCUUCAGUGAAGUGUUUAAGAAGCUUGUACCCCAAGGACAUGCCACACUCAUGAUGAAGACUGACAGUGAGGAUGGCACUGCUCAGGAGGGCCAGACUCCAUCAGUGGAUCACUUCUCUGGUGUGGGAAUCAGGGUGUCAUUUGUGGGCAAGUCGAGCGAGAUGAAGGAAAUGCAGCAGCUGUCAGGUGGCCAGAAGUCGCUGGUUGCAUUGGCACUCAUCUUUGCAAUCCAAAAGUGUGACCCUGCUCCCUUCUACCUAUUUGAUGAGAUUGACCAGGCACUGGACUCCCAGCAUCGCAAAGCAGUUGCAGACAUGAUUCAUGAGCUUUGCAGUGGGGCACAGUUCAUCACGACAACCUUUCGUCCCGAAUUGCUGGAGAAGGCAGACAAAUUUUAUGGUGUCAAGUUCCGCAACAAGGUGAGCCACAUUGAAGCUGUGACCAAGGAAGAGGCGGACUUUGUUGAAGAUGACACAACACAUGGCUAAGCCACUCAUCUUUAGCCAUGGACUAAAUUAUUUGGUUGUUUAUUUCAUGAGGGCAGGCUAGUAUAGGGUCAGAAAGCCUUUUGUACAGUUCUGUGUUUCGAUGUCACCCUUCAGUCAGGAUUCACAAAACAUCACUUCCCUUAUGUGCAGCACACCUUUCUUUAAUACUGCACGACUACAUCAGGUUUUUAUACCUUGCAUGGCUCUUGUCUCUUUUGUGAAGAGCUGUCAAUACACACCCAUAAUUGUGUCAUAGCGCUCUUACAUACAGGGUUUUUUUUUUUUUUUUUUAGCUGCACCAAUUUUUUAAAAUUAGAAAAUAUAUAUCUGGGUCACGUUAUCUUUACCAUUCGAGUGUAUGGAUUGGCGGCCUCUGGAUACAGACCAAUUUCCACACUUAGGUGCAUAAUUAGCGCAGUUAUGCUAAUUAACUUUCUAAUUAUCAAUAUGUGGCUACACCAAAUGAGUACUUUGGGGCCCGUCCUCGACACUGCCUAUCCCAACGACCAAAUUUUGAAUAGCGGAGUUCAUGUGGGAGCUAGGCGAACAAUUAGUUCCCCUUGGCAGGCUCCUUGAAACUGAAACUGGCCGCAAAAAGAGCGUCUGCGUCAUUGAUGUCGCCGUCCCCCAGCCUUUCGUCACGUCUCCGAGGUAAGCGCUGGUCCGGCCCCGCGAGCAGCUUGUGUUAUCUCCUUGCUAUCUGCGGCGUUCGCAGUCGACGCUACAGACUGAUAUGCCGUGACUGUAGUAUCUAAAAGCCCAAGGAGCGGAGUUGGCGCAACAGCGCAACGUGGCGCCCGACGGAAUGACGAAGUAAAUUUGGCGGCCGCCGGCACUAAAGUCCCUAUAUAAGAAAAGUACCGCCAUCUACUCUUUCCUCCGCCGCCUCCUCUCCUAAAGCGCUUGCUUUUUUCUUUACUUUUUGCUUGCGAAAGCCAAGUAGACGGUGGCGCACCUAGAAAGUCCACGUUGAAGCUUUCAGGCCGGGCGCGCGCCGCCGCCGGCGACUGCGGCUGCGCAGAGGACUUUCAACAUGGCUCUGAGGCGGAAAAAAAGAAAAUAUCAAAGAAGUGAAAAGCGCGCGCUAUCAUCGUCCAAUCGGAGAUACAGGAGAGAGAGAAGCGGCGUUUAUCAAAGGAUGGCGGUACUUUUCUUAUAUAGGGACUUUAGCCGGCACUGAAGCGCCAGGCCAACGCCGCACACAGCAAGGAGAUAACGCAAGCUGCUCGUGGGGGAGACGUGGACAAACGGGGGGGGGGGGGGGGGGGGGGCGACAUCAACGACACAGACGCUCUUUUUGCGGCCAGUUUCGGUUUCAAGAAGCCUGCCAAGGGGAACUAAUUGUUCGCCUAGCUCCCACAUGAACUCCGCUAUUCAAAAUUUGAUCGUUGGAAUAGGUAGUAUCGAGGACGGGCCCCAAAGUACUCAAUUGCUGUAGCCCCAUAUUGUUGAUAAUUGGAAGGUUAAUUAGCGUAACUUCGCUAAUUACGCACCUAAGUGCGGAAAUUGCUCUGUAUCUUGAGGCCGCCAAUCCGUACACUCGAAUGGUAAACAUAACGUGACCAAGAUUUAUAUUUUUCUAAUUUUAAAAAUUGGGUGCAGCUAAAAAAAAACACCCUGUAUAGUGCAUUCAUAGUGCAGUGAUAUAACAUAAAAACCAUUUGCAGUUUUGCCGAAACUGCUGUUUUAUAGCUCGUGAAAAUAAAGU